GCAUGCUGGACAAAAAGAAGGGCAAGAUUAAAUUGAAACAGCUGUCAUAUAUGCACAUAGGUGCAGAUAUUUUCAGCAUGAAUAAAUAAUUAAGUUUCCUGAAGGAUUAUCAUCUGAUCCUUUGGAAGUGUAAAACAGUAAUUAAUUAACAUAUUACCACUGAUGUAACAUUCAAAGGUAAAUUCAAAUGAAGGGGCUUGAUAUAAACGAAAUAAUGUUUAUUACUUUAUGGCUGGAUCCAUAAAACGGAGCUUAAGUAGUCAUCAUGGUAAUCAAAAGCUGAAAUUCCAGGCUGUAUCUGUUCCACUGAAGUUGUAUGGAGUAGCCAUGUCUGCUUUGUUUGAGCAAAUGCCAUUUCUUAUGAGCUUAGUCAUGGGAGCCAUCUUUGCUUUUUGUCACCUCAGUUUUAUUCUGAAAGCUAGAGUAAACCACUCUUUCAGGAGUCACAGUUUUUGGAGUUUAACUAGAGAAAACAUGACUAGCAGUCAAUAGUUUUGUUGAGCCAUAGUGUAGUGCAAGUGGAGAUCAGAAAUAUAUUUGACAGUCUGGCAUGGUUUCCUGACCACCUUAACAUUACUGUUAUACCAAAGCAUCACUUCUCAUCUUGUGUGAUAAAACCUGAACUAAUCUGGCUUAAAAAUAGGGAAAUCUUGAAAAAUUGCUGAAUUUUCUAAGUUUCUUAAGAGUGAGAUGUCACAGUAGCCUUUCUUUUGGAACUUUACUGAAAAAAAUCUAAGUGUAGUCUAGAAGGAGUAUGAAAUGACAAUACACACAUGACAAUACUAAAAGGAGCAAUUUCGUGCUUCUUUUACUAUUGUCAUGCUUGUGUAGCAACUGCUCAGAAAGAGCUUCCCUAGCUGACAAAACCAGUAGAGAUUGAUACUGCUCUGAGUCAGAGAUAAGCAACCCUUGUGCGUUAAUAUGGAAGAAGUUUAUUUGCCGUUUUAAAUGGAGUGAAAAUCUGACAUAACAUUAGAUUUCAUACCGAAAGGAUGAUACUUACUUAAAAUACUGUUAUGUUUGAAAGGAGGAAAAAAAAAACCAAAAAACCAAACACCACCUUAUAAAUGGUGGGUCUGAUAAACUCUUGCUAACACCUUCGUAAUUUCUGUUUGCGGGGAGAGGAAAUUUGGGUUAUUUGGGGGUAUUUUAUAUAUAUAGAUAUAUUUAUAUAUCUAUAUAUAUAUAUAUGUAUAUUUUUGAACAGGCUUAUUGUAACCCAGUACUGUAUUAGUGAAUAUCUUAAUGUACUUUGGCCUACAAAGCAGUAUGUAAGGGUUUAGAAGUCAAUGUUUAACUUGCCUUACCUGACCAAAAUAUGUUUAACAAAGACAUGUAAACCGACUCAGUCAAAAACUUUCUCUUUUUCAUUCAUGGAGUCUCUCAGUGGAUGCAUCUGAGCAAUUUGUUCCAUUCUGUGGUUUUGGAAUAUGAGAUUUUCUUUCUUUCAUGCUAAGGCACAGUAAUUUUUCUACUUAUUCAGAGGUUUCCAUCUGAACAGGGAAAAUUGCUGUUUAAUUACAGCUGAACUUCAUAAUACUUAAAUAUGGUUUACACAGAGUUUUUAUAUAUUAUUUCUAGAAAUAGGGUUAUUGAGUUUUAACGAAAAAACGAAAGUCUUAUUUUCUAAAAUUUUCUGAUGAUACAUACUUUAAGGAAGUGUACUUCAAGAAUCUUUCGAAACAGAAACAAAAGGAAGUCAUGGAGAAGAAUGGAAACAACCACAAACUUCGUGUUUGUGUUGCUACUUGCAACCGUGCUGAUUAUUCAAAAUUAGCUCCCAUUAUGUUUGGUAUUAAGGCAGAACCACAGUUUUUUGAGCUUGAUGUCGUAGUGCUUGGUUCCCACCUGAUUGAUGAUUAUGGUAAUACCUAUCGUAUGAUUGAACAAGAUGACUUCGACAUCCAUACAAGAUUACACACCAUUGUGAGAGGGGAGGAUGAGGCAGCUAUGGUGGAGUCAGUGGGCCUUGCAUUAGUCAAGUUACCAGAUGUCCUCAACCGCCUGAAACCUGACAUAAUGAUAGUUCACGGGGACAGAUUCGACGCUCUGGCCCUGGCCACAUCUGCAGCCCUGAUGAACAUUCGCAUCCUCCACAUUGAGGGUGGGGAAGUCAGCGGGACCAUCGAUGACUCCAUCAGACAUGCCAUAACCAAGCUGGCCCAUUACCACGUGUGCUGCACGAGGAGUGCAGAGCAGCACUUGAUAGCCAUGUGUGAAGACCACGACCGCAUCCUUUUGGCGGGCUGUCCCUCAUAUGACAAGCUUCUCUCUGCCAAAAACAAGGACUACAUGAGUAUUAUACGCGUGUGGCUAGGUGAAGAUGUCAAAACUAGAGAUUAUAUAGUUGCUCUCCAACAUCCUGUAACCACAGAUAUUAAACAUUCCAUAAAGAUGUUUGAGCUGACACUAGAUGCACUCAUCUCCUUCAACAAGAGAACACUUGUUCUGUUCCCUAAUGUGGAUGCAGGAAGCAAAGAGAUGGUUCGCGUGAUGAGGAAGAAGGGCAUCGAACAUCAUCCCAAUUUUCGGGCAGUAAAGCAUGUCCCAUUUGACCAGUUCAUUCAGCUGGUUGCUCAUGCUGGUUGUAUGAUCGGUAACAGCAGCUGUGGUGUCAGAGAGGUGGGAGCAUUUGGUACACCUGUCAUUAACCUGGGGACACGUCAGACGGGAAGAGAAACAGGUGAAAAUGUUCUUCACGUUCGUGAUGCUGAUACACAGGAUAAGAUUCUGCAUGCUCUACAGCUUCAGUUUGGUAAGCAAUAUCCAUGCUCAAAAAUAUAUGGAGAUGGUAAUGCUGUUCCAAGGAUCUUGAAGUUCCUUAAAUCUAUUGACCUCAAAGAACCGUUGCAAAAGAAAUUCUGUUUUCCUCCUGUCAAAGAUAAUAUCUCUCAGGAUAUUGACCAUAUUCUAGAGACACAGAGUGCUCUGGCUGUGGAUCUAGGUGGAACAAAUCUCCGAGUAGCAAUUGUCAGUAUGAAGGGUGAAAUAGUUAAGAAGUAUACCCAGCUGAACCCUAAAACCUAUGAAGACAGACUGGAAUUAAUUCUGAAGAUGUGUGUAGAGGCUGCAUCAGAGGCAGUAAAUGUAAACUGCAGGAUUUUGGGAGUAGGUAUUUCCACAGGUGGACGUGUAAACCCCCGAGAAGGAAUUGUGCUUCACUCUACAAAACUCAUUCAGGAGUGGAGCUCUGUGGAUCUCAGAACUCCAAUAUCUGAUGCUCUUCACCUGCCAGUCUGGGUGGACAAUGAUGGAAACUGUGCUGCUCUAGCAGAGAGGAAAUUUGGUCAUGGAAAAGGAGUAGAAAAUUUUGUAACACUCAUUACUGGUACAGGAAUCGGAGGUGGAAUCAUUCAUCAGCAUGAACUGAUCCAUGGCAGUUCUUUCUGUGCUGCUGAGCUUGGGCAUAUUGUCGUAUCCUUAGAUGGACCAGAGUGCCUGUGUGGUAGCCAAGGAUGUAUAGAAGCAUAUGCCUCAGGAAUAGCAUUACAGAGAGAAGCCAAGAAACUCCAUGAUGAUGAUCUGCUUUUAGUAGAAGGAAUGUCAAUGAAGAAGGAGGAGAUUGUUAGUGCUGCACAUCUUAUUCAAGCAGCUAAGCUUGGGAAUACAAAAGCAGAGAGCAUUCUCAGAACAGCUGGGACUGCAUUAGGCCUUGGAGUUGUGAACGUUCUACACACCGUGAACCCCUCUCUUGUGAUCCUUUCUGGAGUUCUGGCUAACCACUAUGUUAAUGCUGUCAAAGACGUGAUAAAUCGACAGGCUUUGUCCUCUGUUAAAACUGUAGAUGUGGUGGUCUCAAAUCUAGCAGAUCCUGCUCUUCUUGGAGCUGCUAGCCUGGUACUGGAUUAUACUACACGUAGAAUAUACUAG